UAAUAUAAUAAUAAUAUUUAGGCUAAUAAACGUAAGGAUUGGUCCGUAAUUAGGAGGUUUAAGGACUUGAUCCUUGUGGUACGUGGCCGAAUUUGAGUGGAUCGUUCGUUAAAGCUGGAAAUUUAUUAGUUCUUUAGAAUCAGUCUUCUUCUUCCCCUCAGCGAUCGUCGGAGAGAUAUUUUCCCGUCGAAGAAAAUGAGGAUUGACGAUAACGAAGGCGUCUCAGCUUCCAGCAAGCACCUGGUCUUCGCUUACUACGUCACUGGACACGGCUUCGGUCACGCCACCCGCAUCGUCGAGGUUGUCCGUCACUUGAUCGCGGCCGGGCACGACGUUCAUGUCGUCAUCGGCGCGCCUGAUUUUGUCUUCACGUCCGAGAUUCAGUCUCCUAGGCUAAAGAUUCGAAAGGUUCUUUUGGACUGUGGAGCUGUGCAAGCUGAUGCUCUGACUGUAGAUCGUCUUGCCUCCUUAGAAAAGUAUGUGGAAACAGCUGUGAUUCCUCGAGCUGAAAUCUUGGAAACAGAAGUGGAGUGGCUUCAUUCUAUCAAAGCUGAUUUCGUGGUGUCUGAUGUUGUCCCCGUAGCGUGCCGUGCAGCGGCUGAUGCUGGCAUACGUUCUGUCUGUGUCACCAACUUCAGGUGACGUUUUUUAAUAUCCUACUUUCAGUUUUGGUGUGUCUUGUUUGGCCUCCUGAGGUCUUGAGCGUGUUGUAGUCCACGUUCACAACCUAGCUUUUGUUAUCAAAUGUUCAACUCCCCUG